AAAAGUGAAGGAGUAUACUGAAAAAACAUAGUUUUGUCUUUAACUUCUACUAGGAUUGAUACAUUAUCGAGAAGGGAAUCAUUGUUUCGUGCAAAGAAAUAUAAAUCCCUUUUUUGAUAAAAAAAUAGACAUUCAUGUAGUCUCCACAAAGAGGAGAUACAACUUAUUACAAUCUUUGACAAAUUAAUCCUAGUAUUUGAAGAAUAAUCCAAAGUAUAUUCCUUGCUUUUAAUUUGAGAUAUUCUUUGUUAGAAUCCAUUUAAUAUAAUUACCUUCUAAUGAAAUGGACUUUUCUACUUUGUUUUCAUAAUCUUCACAAAAUUGUUCAUUACAUCAUCACCCCGCAUCGCACGUUAGUGGGGUUUGUGGGUUUGUGUGCAGGAAAGAUCAAGACUGAGCACUGUAAUCUGAGAUGUUUAGCUGCCUUCUCCACUGGCCCAGCAAAUUACGACACGCCGGUGGAAAUUUUGGAAGUGGAACUCGCAGGAAUUAGGGAGGGAUUGUAUUGAGUUGAUCAUCACCAUGUCUGGAUCAAGAUUUGGUGAUGCCGCCAAGGCUGCUAAUGGAUUUGGACUUUUAGUCAAGAGCUUUGUGGAUGGUCAAUGCAAAGAAGUAGGCCAGAUCUGGGCUAACUCUAGUUUAAGGUCAGCUGUCCAAGGUAUCCAGACCAAGACAGAAGAGAGGGUCAGUGAUGCAUGGAUGAAUUUAAACAAGGCUGAGAAAAAUGAUGAUUGGGGUGACUCCAUUGUAACAAGUGAUCCUGAAGAAUGGGGUGAUACCUUUGCUGAGUCAGCUUCUCAGUUUGCUGCUGAAGACUUGACAGCAGCUCAUUCUUCCAGAGAAAAUGAUCCACAGGGAACAGCACCCUCUAGAGGUUACCAUACUUUAGCAAGUACUGCUGCUGCUAGGUACCGGUAUAGGGUACACAGUGACAUUUCUCGCAGAUACUUUAACUCCGGAGCUGUUUCAGCUGACGAUAUCAGGAAGACAAAAAGUUCAGGGCCAAAGAUACCUCCUCGUAAGCCUGCUGCUAGACCAAGAACAAAACCAACACUCAGUGCCCAAGCUAAAGAGAGAACAGUUCCAUCAUCAAGAAUGAGCAGAGUUCUUAAUUUUGGAGGUCUAGCUGCUGGUAUUGGAGUUGGAGCUCUAGCAGAAAAAGUUAAAAGAGGUCUUGGGUUAGAAGAAAAUGGUAAGAUCGACUCGAAUAUACUGUUGACAGAAGCUAAUGCUGAGAGAAUAGUAGAUACACUGUGCAGAGUAAGAGGUGCUGCUCUUAAACUGGGUCAAAUGCUUAGUAUUCAAGAUAAUACUCUUAUAAGUCCUGAGCUUCAAAAAGUAUUUGAGAGAGUAAGGCAGAGUGCAGACUUCAUGCCUCUAUGGCAAAUGGAGAGAGUUCUAAAGCAGGAAUUAGGUGAUGACUGGAGAAGUAAGGUUGCAUCGUUUGAAGACAAACCUUUUGCUGCUGCGUCAAUAGGUCAAGUCCAUCUAGCAACAAUGCAUGAUGGGACAGAAGUUGCUAUGAAAAUCCAGUAUCCUGGAGUAGCUCAAGGUAUUGAGAGUGAUAUCAACAAUCUUAUGAUGCUUCUUAAGAUGUGGAAUGUGUUACCUGAAGGUUUAUAUGCUGAGAGUGCAAUAGAAGUUGCCAAGAAGGAGCUAGGAUGGGAAGUAGAUUAUAUCAGAGAAGCCGAGUGCUGUGAGAAAUUCAGGAAACUGAUAGAAGGAGAUCCAAUCUUUAUGGUUCCAAAGGUUAUUCCUGAACUUUCAACAAAAGAGGUCAUUACAACAGAAUUAGUAGAUGGAAUAUCAUUAGAGAAAGCUGAAGAUUUGAGUCAAGAGCGGAGGAAUGAGAUGUGUGUUCAUAUUUUGAGGUUGUGUUUGAUUGAACUGUUUGAGUGGAGAUUUAUGCAGACUGAUCCUAACUGGUCAAACUUCCUCUUCAAUGAAGAUACAGGAAAGAUAACUCUGCUGGAUUUUGGUGCAUCAAGAUACUAUGACAAAUCAUUUGUGGAUACUUACAUGAAGGUGAUCCAUGGUGCAGCAUGUGGGGAUAGAGAAGAGGUGUUGGUAAAUUCACAAAAGCUUCAAUUCUUGACUGGUUAUGAAUCCAAGGCUAUGGAGAAUGCCCAUGUAGAUGCAGUCAUGAUCCUUGGUGAGCCAUUCAGAUCUUCAGAGCCGUUUGAUUUCUCCACUCAGGAUACAACUAAGCGUAUUCAUGAUCUAGUCCCUGUUAUGCUUCGAGGUAGAUUGACUCCACCUCCUGAAGAAAGCUACUCACUACAUCGAAAGAUGGCUGGUUCUUUCCUACUCUGUACCAAACUUAGAGCUAAGAUUUCUUGUAAAGACUUGUUUGAUGACAUCUAUAGCAGAUACCAGUUUGAUAAGGAAUGAAUGUUUCUGGAAUACCAAGAGUGGAAAUGUUCAAUAUAAUCUACAAGGAAUAUAUGCAAGUCAACAAAAACUUCAUGAAUAAGGAAGUUUCUAAUACCAAGUAGCACAGGAAGUGCUAGAACUUCUCUGAUGAUGGUAAAUAUUGAUUAAAAAGAAUCUCUGACUCAAGCUCACUAGUCCAGCACUUUAUAAAGGAGUCCCAAACCCAUCUCAUUAUUGUGAGAAGUUUCAAUGUCAGAUGCAGUCCAAUAGGAUGUGAUAUUUACUUUUCCCGCAAUACUUUGACAGUGAAUCAAACUCAAAUAAAAGUUGAGAAUAGUUUCAUUGGAAAUAAUGAGUGUUUCUUGAAUCCUUGUUUUGAACUCUAAAAACAACUGCAGGAACUACAUUGAGCUCUUUUGUAGGAUAGAUUUCAAUUUCCCUCUUUUUUUUUCAGUCUUAUCUUGGGUUCGCGAUCCAGCAUUUUAUGUGGUACUUAUUUAUUUUUCCUAACUCAAAUGUAUUUUCAUUUAAGGGUAGCAAGUGUAAGUUGCAUUCUUGCCAGGAGGCAUUGAUGAGAUGGGACUUGAAUCAUUACUCUUUUGAUAGGUAAUCUGGCAGUGACUUCUCCGGGAGAAGUCAUUGACUACGUUUUCCCUGUUACAAAGACUGUCAAUUUGUAAUGGAAAUUGUUGUCAUGAAUAGUAACUGCAAUGGAAAAAUUUUCAUUUCAGCUUUUGAAGAAUUUAACAAUAGUUGGUAGAUACAAUUGAUGACAAAUUUAAUUACUGAUUAGUUUUCUGUAAAACAGGGCUGGGGUAAAGGCAAACAUUGUAGAAUCAUUCUUGUAUGGUAUAUAUAUAUCAGUUUAAUGAAGUAUGAAGUCACUAUUUAUUCAGUAGAUGACUUUAAUGUUCAGUAUUAUUUAGCUCAUACCAAAAACACUUGUGACCAUUCAGUCUGAUAUUGAUACAGGUUUUACUUGGUUUGUGUAAUUUGUAAUAGGUCAAAUCAAAAUUUGAAAGAAUGAUAAAAAUGAGAAAGAAUACUUAAUAUGUAAUUACAUAUACAUGUAUGUAUAUCCCUGUAUUUUAUUGGUUUUUUUUAAUAUUUUGAUACCUGUAUAUUAACGUAUGAAGACUGAAUAUUUUAGGUCACUAAAUUUCAUUAAUUGUAAAAAAAAAAAUUUCAAGUUGAUAAUGUGUACCAGAAUGCUAUACAGGUGUAGCAUUUGAGAAUUGUAUACCUUCACUGUGGUGCUUUAGUGCUCACAUAAUUGAGGUAAAUAGAGAAAAAUCUAUCUUUUCAUUAUAAUGUGAACAAGUGUGUGAUUUAAAAGUGUACCUUGGUCGUAAUCUGAUGAAACAAUCAUUAACAGUUUCUAGUAGAAGUUAAUAUCAUUAUCAAGUGUAUAUAAUAAUAAUAAUAAAAAACAUAUGUAUGAAUGCAGAUGGUAUGGUUUGGAUUCAUAUCCCUGUCAGCAUGGUCAUUUACUUUGGACCUAGUAUAGUGGGUCAACAUAUUUUAAAUGAAUCAAGAUCUUUAGGAAAUACCUUCUGUGAUCUUCUCUGUCAUCUGCUGGAGAGAGAUUAAUUAAUGGAUGUUUGAAAACUAUAUACAGUUCUGCUAAAAAGUUAGGGACCCUACCACAAAAUGGACUUCUUCAUGCCGAGUAUUGUAUGUAGAUAACAACACAGUGAGAAACAAACUUUAUUGAAUGUAAUUCACAGUUCAUUAUCUAAGACAUGGGCAGAACUCGAACACUUUUAAAUAUGUUCAUUUUCUAGUGGGUCUCACUAACUUUUGAGCAUCACUGUUAUGUUAAGCUAUGCACUAUCAAUAUGGAAUGAUAUAUGAAAAUAAGUUUUCAGGGUUAUGGAAAGAAGUUGCAUGUCUGAUAUGAUGUUAAUUUAUCUUUCUGCAUAAUUGUCUAUUCCUGUUUUUCACUUACAUGUAAAUUCUGUUUUUCUAGGCCUAGUUUGGUUACCUCACUUUUUAGACUAAAAGGUAUUUUUCUUGGCAUUUGUAUUGAGCAUAAUUAUUGAGGCCACAAGGUAACUUUGUUCAUAUUGAUGUAGAUUUCAUCACAUAUAUAAUAUAAAGUCAAUAUAGGCAAAUUUGAAGUAAAUGGUGUUUUUGUUUGAAUACUUCAUGCUAGAAAGCUUUUUUGCAAUGUUUUAGACUAGAGGUCAUAGAGUCAUAAUGUAUCUAUGAACAUAAUGCAGGAUUAUACUGGAUUGAAAACAUCAAGGACAGAAAAUUAUUUAGGAAUUGUGAUUCAUCAGAUUAUGCUCACAAUGAGGAGGGAAAAUAUGAAUUGGAUGUUUAACAUCAAGUCAAUAAAAAAAAAGGAUUUCUGAACAGAAAAACCAUGCAAUUUCAUGCAAUUUCAAGUCACAAGGUUCAUAUUGAUGUAGAUGACAUUACCUCAUACUGGGUUGAUCAUGUACUGAAAUUUGUUCAGAAUUUGUGACUUGUCUUAUUCUAUUUUUGUGAAAAUUCAAUAUACUUGAUUUUAUGAAUUAAAUAAAUUGUUUUCAUUUUUUAAAUGUUAUGUUAAAAUAAACAUGUCAAUUUAUCAGAGAUAAUGCAAUAUCAAUACGUAAAGAACUGUAAAUGUAAAGAAUCUUCCAUUUAUAAGUUAUGUAAUGCAGAUAAUGUUUGUUGAAAAGAGGUGAAUAAACAGUGUUCCUCCAAUGAAUUAA